AUGAAAACACGUUCUUCCGUUAUUUGGAUCAAGGCAGUUGCCUUAAUCAGUGUUCUACUGAUGAGAACGCACAGAGCAGACAUGACAUUGGACGAGGUGGAGGCCACUCUGCAGUUUGAAAUUGAAACGGAUUCUUCACAAAUGGCGAUAAAUCCAGAUGGCCCUCUGAAUCUCCUCCGCGGAUACAUCUACCAGAAGAUGGACUGUAUGUACAACAAAAGGUUCUUUGCUCCGCAAAUUAAGACAGAGUACAGUUUAGAGGAAGAUAUAGAUGAGGAGAAUGAAGAUUAUACAUACACUCGAAAUGAACAAAAAGACAAAGCGUAUACAGCACAGUCAAAUAAUAAAACGGAUACAUAUACCGAAAAGUAUCACAAUCAUCUUAUUGAGCUGUUUCCAUCUCCAACUGGUGACAUAACAAUUGAGACACGAGGAAACCAGUCCUUUGUUCAGUUCCUUCGAGCAGAGACAACAGAAAAGCACUCUUUGCAGAUUCUGGCCAUGCUACUUCUUUUCUCUGAGGGAGUGGACAUUCCUAUUGAAGUCACCAACAGUGUACUAAAGGUAUAUGAAACAAACAAAAAAAACGAAAUAUACUUCACAGUCCCUAUGGAAAUCCCAUGGCUAAACCAUGUGGAAGACAAAGUACAAACAUUCCAACAGAAGAAAGUUAGGCAAAUGGUCAGCUUCUUCCAGAAGAAUGCAAGCAAACAUGAAGUGCUUAGCAUGAUGGAAGACAAAUGUACGAAAGAGGAAGUUAUGUCUGGAAAGUUCUUAGACAGCUCCAAGUUUCUGAUCCAGUCGUACAUAUUCGGGUUCAUAGACAGCGCAGAGCGUGCAAUUGAGUUUAUACAGGCAGUGCACACUAUGACAAAGAAGUAUGCACCAAAGAAAGAAGCGCCCAGCAAGGAUGACUCUGUAUACGACAGACUGUUUAAGCCUGCUGGAACUGCAGCAAACAUAGACUGCAUGUCAUUAAUGAAGAGUACUCAAGAGAUUUUAAAUAGAUAUCAGGUAUUUCCAUUUGCAGACAGCACGCAGCUUCCUUCAUACACAUCUGUCCCAUGGCGCGACCCGACAACAAAAGAGUUUUCUACUAACCGUUUGCAAAACUACAGCAACUGCGUUGAGUGCAUGAUUCUCUCCCUCUUCUGCUGCCUGGCCUAUGACCCAUCUGACUUUACGUAUAAAACUGACCACAUGGGGAAUGUCUCUAAAGAGCUUAAAGAAUUCUUCUCCCCAGAAAAUCAGCCAUUUGACACAACAAAGGCCAACUUUCAGAAGAGCUGGUGCAGAGUUGUUGCGUGCUUAGAUGAGCCUAGAAUUGCAUACUGCAAGAAAAGAAAUGAGCUAGACUGUGGCAUCAUAAACAUGCUCAUGGUUAUUGCUGAAAUAGUAAAUAUUUCUGAAGAAGAAAAAGACAAAGUAUUUGGCUUUGAACAGAGUUUAAAGGAGAAAAAAGAAGAAUUGGAUGAUAUACUGUGGGAUGAUAUAUUAUGGGAUGAUAUUCAAGAGUACACAAAGAUGCUACUUAAACGCCUAUCCAAGACAGGAACUGUAGAAAUAGAGCUUUCUGAGCUUAAAAGUAAUAGGCGUAUUAAUGGAAGACACGAUGUAUAUGGAAGGAUUACUAUGGUAUUUAAGCAAGAUGGCAUCAAGAACACGAUAGUCUUGGGGAUAUCUGAAGACCAUAGUACUAUUAAUAUGCAGCCUGUUGUUAUGGACUUCGAGGACGAUCGAAUAGAGAAAUUGAAUGAAAUUGCAGACAGCUGUAAAAAUGGAACAGAAUUUGUUGGAAACCUUUUUGCUGCAUAUAUUGAUUAUGAAAUAAGAAAACUCAACUGGGAUAAUAAAGAGUUUAUAAAGGCACAGGUGCGCAAGACCAUUGAAAAAAACUUCGCAGACAUAAAUAGGCUGCUUCUUAUAAAAAAGAUCAAUGACUUAAAUUAUAAGAGAGAAUUAGUUACCUGUUCUAUUGUGUACAGUAUGAAUCAAGAGCUAUCUCCUAAGCAUCCCAUUGCUCGGUUUACCUCCAACAUAAUAGGAAGCACAGAGCUAGAUAACUGGGAAAUUCAAUGGGAUGUGCUUCCCUCAAUUAUAUUCGCAGGCCUUCUUAAUAAAAACGGAAGCAGCCGCAGCUACCCGAAUAUAAAUCUGUCACAAGAAAUAUAUGACGCUAACAUGAAUGCUAUAAAAUACUAUAGAUUGGUUGAAUAUGUGCUAGAAUGUGAUAUAUCCACUUUUAUUGUAUGGAUUAAAUACUGCAUAGACAACCUUUGUUCAUAUAGUGAGGAAGGAAUUUAUGAAUUAAUAGAUUAUUCAGUGAUUAAACAUGUUGGAAAAUAUAUAUUUAAAGACCAAAACAUGCACUAUGCCAAUGCAGUUGAUGAGGCAAUAGCACAGAGCUAUCCCGAUAAAAAAGACUUGAUAUUAAACCAUCUUCACUGCAGAUGGUUCAUGUAUCUUAUUUCACAGAAAAACCCGAAUAUAGAGUUGGUUAAGGCUAACUUUGAUGCCAUUCAGAAUCUAAACUAUAUUUCGGAUAAUUUCAGAUAUUAUGAUAAAGAGAAAAUUUUCCGAAUCCUUACAGAAGAGCAAAAGGAACUUCUAUGCACUAGUGAAGACUCUAUUACCAAGUUUGACGAGCUUAUGCGCCAAUAUAAGCCAGAUCCUACCACUCCAUGA